AUGGUGCUGUCCCAGAGACAACGAGAUGAACUAAAUCGAGCUAUAGCAGAUUAUCUUCGUUCAAAUGGCUAUGAAGAAGCAUAUUCAGUUUUUAAAAAGGAAGCUGAAUUAGAUAUGAAUGAAGAAUUAGAUAAGAAAUAUGCUGGUCUUUUGGAAAAAAAAUGGACAUCUGUUAUUAGAUUACAAAAGAAGGUUAUGGAAUUAGAAUCAAAGCUAAAUGAAGCAAAAGAAGAAUUUACGUCGGGUGGACCUCUUGGUCAAAAAAGAGACCCAAAAGAAUGGAUUCCCCGUCCACCAGAAAAAUAUGCAUUGAGUGGUCAUAGGAGUCCAGUCACUCGAGUCAUUUUCCAUCCUGUUUUCAGUGUUAUGGUCUCUGCUUCAGAGGAUGCUACAAUUAAGGUGUGGGAUUAUGAGACUGGAGAUUUUGAACGAACUCUUAAGGGGCAUACAGACUCUGUACAGGAUAUUUCAUUCGACCACAGUGGCAAGCUUCUGGCUUCAUGUUCUGCAGACAUGACCAUUAAGCUAUGGGAUUUUCAGGGCUUUGAAUGCAUCAGAACCAUGCAUGGCCAUGACCACAAUGUUUCUUCAGUAGCCAUCAUGCCCAAUGGAGAUCAUAUAGUAUCUGCCUCAAGGGAUAAAACUAUAAAAAUGUGGGAAGUGCAAACUGGCUACUGUGUGAAGACAUUUACAGGACAUAGAGAAUGGGUACGUAUGGUGCGGCCAAAUCAAGAUGGCACUCUGAUAGCCAGCUGUUCCAAUGAUCAGACUGUGCGUGUGUGGGUCGUAGCAACAAAGGAAUGCAAGGCUGAGCUUCGAGAACAUGAGCAUGUGGUAGAAUGCAUUUCCUGGGCUCCCGAAAGCUCAUAUUCUUCCAUCUCUGAAGCAACAGGAUCUGAGACUAAAAAAAGUGGCAAACCUGGGCCAUUCUUACUGUCCGGAUCCAGGGACAAGACUAUCAAGAUGUGGGAUGUCAGUACUGGCAUGUGCCUUAUGACUCUGGUGGGUCAUGAUAACUGGGUACGUGGAGUUCUGUUCCAUUCUGGGGGGAAGUUUAUUUUGAGUUGCGCUGAUGACAAGACCCUGCGUGUGUGGGAUUACAAGAACAAACGAUGCAUGAAGACCCUCAAUGCGCAUGAACACUUUGUUACCUCCUUGGAUUUCCAUAAGACGGCCCCAUAUGUGGUUACUGGCAGUGUAGAUCAAACAGUAAAGGUGUGGGAGUGUCGUUGA